CGUUCCAGCUUGUUUCCUAUCAGAUCACUAGUGAAUGAGUUCACGAAAGAGCCGUUUCAUAACCUAUGAGACCUAGCACGUUCACUAACAAAGUAAUAGGAUGGUCAAUGCGUACCGCUAAAAUUGAUUUUUUGUAAUCAAAUCUGUUUUCUUAAAAUUUAUGUGUAUUUUCCCAGAGUCGGAAAAUAUGGUUUUCUACUUCACAAGCGCCGUCAUCUCUCCACCCUAUACCAUCUACAUGGGCAAAGACAAAUAUGAAAAUGAGGAUCUCAUAAAAUACGGGUGGCCUGAGGACAUUUGGUUUCAUGUGGAUAAACUUUCCUCUGCCCAUGUAUACCUCAGAAUGCCCAAGGGUAAGACGAUAGAUGACAUACCAAAAGAGGUCUUGAUCGACUGUGCCCAGCUAGUUAAGAAUAAUAGCAUUCAAGGGUGCAAAAUGAACAACAUAAAUGUUGUUUACACACCAUGGGGCAACCUCAAGAAAACGGGGGAUAUGGACGUCGGCCAGAUAGGCUUUCAUCGCCAGAAAGAGGUUAAAACUGUGACAGUAGAAAAGAAAAUAAACGAAAUUAUCAAUCGAUUGGAAAAGACAAAAGAAGAGCGAUAUCCUGAUCUUGCAGCUGAGAAAGAAUCACGAGACAGAGAAGAGAGGAAUGACAAAAAGGCUCAGAUACAGGAAAUGAAAAAAAAGGAAAAAGAAGAAAUGAAGAGGAAAAAAGAGCUUGAGGAAUUAAGGAAUUACUCAUCACUCAUGAAGAGUGACAACAUGACCACAAAUGAGGAUGGUUAUGAUUCAGAUGACUUCAUGUAACUGCUGAAAGGGACCUGCCAAUGAUGGUCAACAUUUUCCCACAGUUACCCAGUCUUGCACAGUGCAUAUGCUCCGAAGAAUGCUAUAAUGUGCACUCCUAUUGGUUGGAAUAAAGGAACUCGCUCAUUGUACUUUUAAAAUCAUACUUGUGCCAUAAUGCCCUCUGACAGGAGCAUCUUGGCUUCCUAAAAAGUAAACUGACAAAGAGUAAUAUCAUUUGAAUUGCAUAUCAGGGUGCAUCUGUUGACCAUAGAUGGAAGCUCUUCAUAGAUGGUGGCUGUUCAUAAAUGAAGGCGCUUUUCUUCACAUGUCUGUUGAUUAUUGUAUGCUGGUCAUUCUGAACGUCCCUUCCACAAAACUUUGUGAAAGGUUUCUGAGCAUUGCAGGAAUGUAAUCUGUAUGCGUCAGUAGUAAUUCUAUUCCUUGAAAUGAUCCUGGAAUGACACCAUUUUCAGGUUUUUAGAUUGGACUGUCUUCGUAUGGCUUGAAAGGGUUUGUGCCCUUGGCCUAGCCUGUAUUAUUGGAUUUCUUGUUGGGUAUGAAAGCAAGAUGCGAAUGCAAGAACUUUUUGGUUUCAAUAUGUGAAAUAACAUAUGUUCACCCCUGUUGAUUUGCUAAAGAUUUUUUUAUUUCAAAAAUUGAUGCGAAAUAAAUCUUGAACCAUACAUCCAUGUUUGUUUGGGAGUGGAGGUCCAGUUUCAUUAGCUGCAGCAAUAGGAGAAUUCUCUCAGUGAGGAUGGAAGGGUAGUUUAGCUGAAGUGUUUUUAACUGAAAAUUACUAACUGCAGCAUUAAAGACACACUGUAAUUUGGGGAAUUUGGCCCUCUGUGAUGGAAACGUAAAUUCACACGUGGAAGAACAUUUUGCAUGUAUGUUUUUUUGAUGUAUAAAUCAAAAUUAUUGUAUUUAUAGUUUUAAAUCGGCUUUAUGCCUGGCUCGUGUAAUACAUUGUGUUAUUUGCUUUAGGGUGAUAUAUACAAAUGUACCUGGCAAUUAAAAUAGAUAAGAAUGGCUACUUUA